AUGUCGUGUCGAGGCGGAAUGAAUCGGGGGGGAAACCCAGGUUUGCAGCCCCUCCGAGCCACUGUUCAUUUUCAACUGCACAAUAAAGUUCCACCGCGCUGCAAAGAUUUCAAAACAGUGGAGUGUAAGACGAAAGCUCGUCCUCCGAAGCCGACCCUGCGUCGUACCCUGUCCCUGGACACGUUGGUCGGGCCGUACCUGCAGGGCCAGUGGCCCAAAGAACCAGAGAGUCCGGCCGUCACCUGUGUCAAUGACAAAGCUACACAGACUCCCAGCUCCUGGAUGGAGGAGAGCAGAGGGAGAAGGUCAGGAGGAGGUCACAAGCGCUCAGCCUCUUGGGGGAGUGCCGAGCACCUCCGAGAGGUUGCUAAACUACGGCACUCCCUUCAGAAGCGCUCCAGACACACCCCGCCCUCAUCCGGGUACGAUCCCCGCCCACAACAGACUCUGCCAAUCAGCAGCACGCACGCCGCUGGAACCACACAGACAGCGGCUCUGAUUCCUCUCAGCAGACUGGCUCCGCGGCUCAGGCGUAGCGUAGAGGGACUCAACCUGGAGUUGGAAGGUGUGUUUGUGUCCCAAGCACCUGAGGAUCCACAUAAGAUUCUGGAUGUGCCAGAUGGUCACCGAGCGCCAGUCCCGGCUCAGAGGUGCAGCAGCGGCUCACAGAGUGACCCCUCUCCCGCCCUGCCUUCGCCCUCCCACUCCCCCUGUCCAAUGGGAGACCCCGAUAUGGUGGUUUGUGAGACACUAUGCCCCUCCCCCUUGCUGGGUGUGGCUGACCCCGCCUCGCCGCUCCAGCCCUCCUCCUCGCCCCGCCCUAACAAAACCUACGCCUUCCAAAGAGAACCGCCCGAAGGCUGCGAGAGAGUGCGCGUGUGUGAGGACGUCAUCGCUCCCUGCCAAGGUGACGUCCCCCGCCAACCUUCGUGCCCCGACCCCAACAAAGUCAACUUCACCCCUCACGGAGGCUCCGCCUUCUGCCCCGUCAGUCUCCUCAAGCCCCUCCUCCCCUCCAUGGACCUCCUGUUUCGUGGCCUAACGGUCUCACCUGUCACUGGCUGCUCAGCCCAAGGCCCCGCCCUCUGCCCUGCAACUGGACAUGCAAAUGUCCCGCUCCCAGACUCUACUAUCUCUCAUAUGUAA